GCAGCCUCAGGAACUAACACGCUGCCGACGCAUUGCAUGAUGGUUGCAUGAUGGCAUUUCCACAACAUGGAAGAUUUCUGUGACAAUUAGCUGUUCCGAAGAAAUUAUAAUAAUCAAUAAUAGUUUUAUACUGUUGUUUGAGAGGCUAAACGCUGCAAAAAUGGUGAAGGAGCAAUUCCGAGAGACAGACGUGGCUAAAAAAAUAAGCCACAUCUGCUUUGGGAUGAAAUCUGCUGAGCAGAUGCGUCAGCAGGCCCACAUCCAGGUGGUCAGCAAGAACCUGUACAGCCAGGACACCAAACACACCCCACUGCCCUAUGGAGUACUGGAUCACCGCAUGGGGACAAGUGAGAAAGACAGACCAUGCUUGACUUGUGGGAAGAACCUGGCAGAUUGUUUGGGGCAUUAUGGGUAUUUGGACCUGGAACUGCCUUGUUUUCAUGUCGGUUAUUUCAAAGCCAUUAUAGGAAUACUACAGAUGAUUUGCAAGACCUGCUCCAGUAUAAUGCUGACAAAAGAAGAAAAAGUCCAGUUUCUGGAUCACUUGAAACGACCGAACCUGGCUUAUCUCCAGAAACGAGGCUUGAAGAAGAAGAUUUCAGAGAAAUGCCGCAAAAGGACAGUCUGUUUGAAUUGUUCUGCAUUUAAUGGAACUGUUAAAAAGUGUGGCCUGUUGAAGAUCAUCCAUGAAAAAUAUAAAACAACCAAAAAAGUGGUGGAUCCAUUUGUGUCAGAGUUCCUGCAGUCCUUCGAUACGGCCAUCGAACACAACAAACUGAUCGAACCUCUGUUGAACCGAGCACAGGAAAACCUGAACCCCCUGGUGGUCUUGAAUCUGUUCAGGAGGAUUCCAGAUGAAGACGUCCCUCUGCUGCUGAUGAACCCGGAAGCAGGCAAACCCGCAGACCUCAUCAUCACCCGACUGCUCGUGCCUCCUCUCUGCAUCCGGCCGUCUGUGGUCAGCGACCUCAAGUCGGGCACCAACGAAGACGACCUCACCAUGAAGCUGACAGAGAUCAUCUUCCUCAACGAUGUCAUCAAAAAGCAUCGCAUGAGUGGAGCAAAAACCCAGAUGAUCAUGGAGGACUGGGACUUCCUCCAGCUGCAAUGCGCACUUUACAUAAAUAGUGAACUUUCUGGGAUCCCGCUCAAUAUGGCGCCAAAGAAAUGGACGAGAGGAUUUGUGCAAAGACUCAAAGGAAAACAAGGUAGAUUCAGAGGAAACCUCUCGGGUAAAAGAGUGGACUUCUCAGGAAGAACAGUCAUUUCUCCGGACCCCAACCUGAGGAUCGAUGAAGUGGCGGUUCCGGUCCACGUGGCUAAAAUCCUGACAUAUCCAGAGAUGGUGAACAAAGCCAACCUGGAGCUGAUGAGAAAACUGGUUCGGAACGGCCCCGACGUUCACCCCGGAGCCAACUUUAUCCAGAACCGCCGCAAUCAGAUCAAACGGUUUUUGAAAUAUGGAAACCGGGAAAAAAUAGCUCAGGAGUUGAGGUUUGGUGACGUGGUGGAAAGACACAUGAUAGACGGAGACAUCGUCCUCUUCAAUCGGCAGCCAUCUUUGCACAAACUUAGCAUCAUGGCCCACAUAGCCAGAGUCAAACCACACCGAACGUUCCGCUUUAACGAGUGCGUUUGUACUCCCUACAACGCCGAUUUUGACGGCGAUGAAAUGAAUCUGCAUCUUCCUCAAACAGAAGAAGCCAAAGCGGAGGCUCUGAUUCUGAUGGGGACCAAAGCUAAUCUUGUCACUCCCAGAAACGGGGAACCUCUGAUUGCUGCUAUUCAGGACUUUUUGACAGGUGCUUAUUUGUUGACGCUGAAGGACACCUUCUUCGAUCGAUCAAAAGCCUGCCAGAUAGUGGCAUCAAUCCUUGUGGGCAAAGAUGAAAAAGUCAGAAUCUCGUUACCUCACCCAGCGAUUGUAAAGCCGAUGGCUUUGUGGACGGGCAAACAGAUCUUCAGUAUGAUCCUGAAGCCGAGUAAGGAUUGUCCAGUGAAGGCCAACCUGCGGACAAAAGGCAAACAGUACUGUGGCAAAGGAUUGUGGUGAUUCACAACAGUGAGCUGAUGUGUGGCAGCAUGGACAAAGGCACCUUGGGAUCCGGAUCCAAGAACAACAUUUUCUACAUCUUGCUGAGAGACUGGGGACAGCUGGAGGCCGCAAACGCUAUGUCACGUCUGGCCAGGCUCGCUCCAGUCUUUCUCUCCAACAGAGGAUUCUCCAUUGGAAUUGGCGAUGUGACUCCUGGCCACGGUCUGCUGAAGGCCAAGCAGGACCUGCUAGACGACGGCUACACGAAGUGUGAUGAAUACAUCGAAGCUUUGAAGACGGGGAAAUUACAGCAGCAGCCUGGCUGCACUGCAGAGGAGACGCUGGAGGCUCUCAUCUUGAGGGAGCUUUCCGUGAUCAGAGACCGAGCUGGCAGCGCCUGCCUCAGGGAGCUGGACAAGAGCAACAGCCCACUCAUCAUGGCUCUUUGUGGAUCCAAAGGUUCCUUCAUUAACAUUUCUCAGAUGAUUGCGUGCGUGGGCCAGCAGGCCAUAAGUGGCUCUCGAGUCCCCGACGGCUUUGAGAACCGUUCUCUGCCUCACUUUGAAAAACACUCAAAACUGCCUGCUGCCAAGGGCUUUGUGGCUGAUAGCUUCUAUUCCGGUCUGACUCCCACUGAGUUCUUCUUCCACACCAUGGCGGGCCGAGAGGGUCUGGUGGAUACUGCUGUGAAAACGGCCGAGACCGGAUACAUGCAGAGGCGUCUGGUGAAGUCCCUCGAAGAUCUGUGCUCGCAGUACGACCUGACGGUGCGCAGCUCCAUGGGCGACAUCAUCCAGUUCAUAUACGGCGGCGACGGUCUGGACCCGGCUGCCAUGGAGGGAAAGGACGAGCCUCUGGAGUUCAAGAGAGUGCUGGACAAUAUCCGGGCGGUCUACACGUGCCCGGAUGAGCCGGCGCUCAGUCAAAACGAGCUGGUCCUCACUUCAGACGCCAUCAUGAAACGAGCCGACUUCCUGUGCUGCAGAGACAGCUUCUUGGAGGAGAUCAAAAAGUUCAUUAAGAGCAUGUCAGAUAGAAUCAAGAAGACCAGAGACAAGUACGGCAUCAACGAUAAUGGGACAAGCGAGCCUAAGGUUCUGUAUCAGCUGGACCGGAUCACACCGACUCAGCUGGAGAAGUUUCUCGAAACCUGCAGAGACAAGUACAUGAGAGCCCAGAUGGAGCCGGGCUCAGCAGUGGGGGCUCUGUGUGCUCAGAGCAUCGGGGAGCCCGGCACUCAGAUGACCCUGAAAACCUUUCACUUUGCCGGCGUGGCGUCCAUGAACAUCACUCUGGGGGUGCCUCGCAUCAAAGAGAUCAUCAACGCUUCCAAAAACAUCAGUACCCCUAUAAUCACUGCUCAUUUGGAUGUUGAAGACGACGCCGACUUUGCAAGGCUGGUGAAAGGAAGGAUUGAGAAAACUCUUCUUGGAGAGAUUUCCGAGUACAUUGAAGAAGUUUUUCUUCCGGAUGACUGCUUCAUCCUGGUGAAAUUGUCUCUAGACAGAAUACGGCUGCUAAGAUUGGAGGUGAACGCUGAAACGGUGCGUUAUUCCAUCUGCAUGUCCAAGCUGCGCGUCAAGCCCGGAGACAUCGCCGUGCACGGCGAGGCAGUGGUUUGCGUGUCGCCGCGAGAGAACAACAAAAGCUCCAUGUACUAUGUGCUGCAGUCAUUGAAAGAAGAACUUCCUAAGGUGGUGGUUCAAGGAAUCCCCGAAGUGGCCCGAGCGGUCAUCCACAUUGACGAACAGAGUGGCAAGAACAAGUACAAACUGCUGGUGGAGGGGGACAACAUGAGAGCUGUCAUGGCCACUCAUGGAGUGAAGGGGAGCAGAACUACUUCAAACAACACCUAUGAGGUGGAGAAGACUUUAGGCAUCGAGGCCGCCCGCUCCACCAUCAUUAAUGAGAUUCAGUACACUAUGGUGAACCACGGAAUGAGCAUCGACCGGCGGCACGUCAUGCUGCUCGCAGAUUUGAUGUCUUAUAAGGGGGAGAUUUUAGGAAUCACCAGAUUCGGAUUGGCAAAGAUGAAGGAGAGCGUCCUCAUGCUGGCCUCCUUUGAGAAAACCGCCGACCAUCUGUUUGACGCUGCCUACUUUGGACAGAAGGACUCUGUCUGCGGAGUGUCUGAGUGCAUCAUCAUGGGAAUUCCAAUGAACAUUGGAACAGGACUCUUCAAGCUGCUGCACAAAGCUGACAAGGAUCCCACUCCUGUCACAAGGCCACUUCUGUUUGACCAUAAGGACUUCCAUAUACCUCUGUUCACAUAGCAUCAUGGGAAAAAUGAUGUUUGAAGAGCUUAGUUAAUGUCUGAGCGCUCUGUGAAGACAAACUCAAGUGCCUGCUGUUUCUGCUUAAGCUUUUUUUUUUCUAGCGACGACUUCUUCUUAUUUAUCAAAGCAUGUUUCUUAUAAAUCAAUUUCAAAAUUUAGAAUGCAGGUUUGCCUCAUCUUUGCUUUGCUUUUAACUUGUUUCUUUAGGUUUUAGGUCAUUAGCCAAACUGAAGUGAAAUUCUACAAAUCUCAGUCAGCAGAUAUUAAAAACGGACCCAAAAGGGUGAAUCAUAAAGAUGCUGGAUCUCCCGUUUGGACGUCCGUUUGCGAUGCUUUUUUCAUUUUUCUCUAGUUUUCCAGCAUCCUGAGGUUCAGUUUGUCAAAGCUUUGAAGUGUUUGUUUUCACUGAGGUUUGUCUUUCAGAAUGCCAUUCAUUAAAUAAUCAAAUGUACAUAUUGUUAUUAAUAAAGUGCACAAAAAUAGAUGUGAAAACUGUUGAUUUUUUUCUGUUCUUUUGGAAAUUAACUAACUAAAAUUAAAGUUUACUUCCUAAA